GUAUAUCAGACCAUUGAUCAUUCCAUAUCCUACCCUACCCUACCCUACCGAGAGCCAUUGACCAAUCGAGUGCGAAGCUAAAUUAAGAACUAUCUUACGAUCAGCUCCGUCAUGUUGACAUCCUCCAACUCCUCCCGAGCCGCGGUGCGCUCUAUGGCUUCUCUGGCGCAAGUAGCAUCUCGAAGCACCCCCGCAGUCGCGCGCUCUGCUUUAGCAUGUGCUGCCCGUCCCCCCGCUUCUCUCGCUUGCCGUCGCUCUUUAAGCACCAAUAGCCGACAACUCCAGCUCCCCCGCCUUCAGUCUCUCAACACCAUUUCCAGCAAGAGAGCUUUUGGUACAACCGCAAGAAUGGCUUCGGCAACCCGUGUCGAAACCGAUGCAUUCGGUGAGAUUGAGGUCCCCGCCGACAAGUACUGGGGUGCCCAGACCCAGCGCUCCCUGGGUAACUUUGACAUCAACCAGCCCCAGGACCGCAUGCCCGAGGGCGUUGUCAAGGCUUUCGGUAUCCUGAAGGGUGCUGCUGCUGCUGUGAACAUGAAGUUCGGCCUUGACCCCAAGAUUGGUGAGGCUAUCCAGCAGGCUGCCGCCGAGGUUGCCGAAGGCAAGCUCAUGGACCACUUCCCCCUCGUCGUUUGGCAGACUGGCUCCGGCACUCAGUCCAACAUGAACUCCAACGAGGUCAUCUCGAACCGUGCCAUUGAGAUUCUGGGUGGCAAGAUGGGAUCUAAGAAGCCCGUGCAUCCCAACGACCACGUGAACAUGUCUGCCUCCUCCAACGACUCUUUCCCGACCGCUAUGCACAUCGCUGCUGUUUUGGAGCUCGAGAGCACCUUACUGCCUUCCCUCAAGAGCCUUCGCGAUGCCCUUCAGGUGAAGGUAGAGAACUUUGAGAAAAUCAUCAAGAUCGGUCGUACCCAUCUGCAGGAUGCUACCCCACUCACCCUCGGCCAAGAGUUCUCCGGUUACGUUGCUCAGCUCGACCGCAAUAUUGAGCGCGUCGAGAACACCCUCCCCCACCUCCGCUACCUCGCCCAGGGUGGAACUGCUGUCGGCACUGGCCUGAACACCUUCAAGGGCUUCGACGAGGCUAUUGCUGCCGAAGUCACCAAGUUGACCGGCACUGAAUUCAAGACUGCUCCCAACAAGUUCGAGGUCCUUGCUGCCCACGACUCGAUCGUCGAGGCCUCGGGCGCCCUGAACACCCUUGCCUGCUCCCUGUUCAAGAUCGCCCAGGAUAUCCGUUACCUCGGAUCCGGACCUCGCUGCGGUCUGGGCGAGCUGGUUCUUCCCGAGAACGAGCCCGGCUCCUCUAUCAUGCCCGGAAAGGUGAACCCCACCCAGUGCGAGUCCCUCACCAUGAUUUGCGCGCAGGUUAUGGGUAACCAUGUCGCUGCUACCGUUGGUGGCAUGAACGGCCAGUUCGAACUCAACGUUUUCAAGCCCGUUAUGAUUCGCAACCUUCUGCACAGCUCGCGCAUCCUUUCGGAUGGCAUGAAGAGCUUCGAGAAGAACCUGGUGCACGGUCUCGAGGCGAACGAGCCGAGAAUCAACAGUCUGCUCCACGAGAGUCUAAUGCUUGUCACAUGCUUGAAUCCCGUUAUCGGCUACGACAUGGCCUCCAAGGUCGCCAAGAACGCCCACAAGAAGGGCCUUACCCUGAAGCAGAGUGCCAUGGAGCUCAAAGCUCUGAGCGAAGAGGACUUCGAUAAGCAUGUCCGCCCUGAGCUGAUGCUGGCUCCUAAGGAGAAGAAAUAAAGGUGGACGUUUUGAUACCUGGAUGACAAAAAGGGCUGAAGGUUGCCUGUUUUAGUAUGAAAUAUAGCGAAAUUAGCAUCUUUAUAUAUAUGUCUUGAUGUACGUAGUAAGUACGUAGUGUAUACUGAUCGAAAUGCUAUGGUAUGAAUUUAUUUUUAGAA